AUGCAGGACAACACAGCAGCCAUGCAGGACAACACAGCACCCAUGCAGGUCAACACAGCAGCCAUGCACGUCAACACAGCAGCCAUGCAGGACAACACAGCAGCCAUGCUAGACAACACAGCAGAAAUGCUAGACAACACAGCAACCAUGCUAGAACACACAGCAGCCAUGCAGAACAACACAGCAGCCAUGCUAGACAACAUAGCAGCCAUGCUAGACAACACAGCAGCUAUGCAGGACAACACAACAGCCAUGCUAGAAAACACAGCAUCCAUGCAGGACAACACAGCAGCCAUGCUGGACAACACAGCACACAUGCACGUCAACACAGCAGCCAUGCAGGACAUCACAGACGCCAUGCAGGACAACACAGCACCCAUGCAGGACAACACAGCAGCCAUGCAGUGUAACACGGGGUAG